AUGGCCACCAAUAUGACUGCCUCAAUUGAUCGGACUGUCGAUGAUAGUGCAGCUACACUUCCAGUUGGUCUGUCUUUAACUGGUCGAACUGUUAAACUCGUUCCGUUGUCACCAAGCCACGCUGAAGAUCUCUAUGAAUGCGUGGGACAUCCUGAACAAGCCCAUCUAUGGACCUAUAUGGCUAAGGGCCCCUUCUCAGACCAAGCUUCUUUUACUGAGUUCAUCACGGACCUUUCAAAAUCCACUGAUCCUAUCUUCUACGCCAUCAUGGACACCCACGGGAAGUCGAUUGGGUUCUCAAGUUUCCUUCGGAUAGAUUUGCCAAAUCGCGUUGUCGAGAUCGGAUGGCUUAUGUUCUCUCCAUCCCUACAGCGCACUACAGCUGCCACUGAGGCUAUCUAUUUGAUGGCUAGGGCUGCCUUCGAUGAUUUGAACUUCCGAAGGCUUGAGUGGAAAUGUGAUAAUCUGAAUGUGCCCUCUCAAAAAGCUGCUGAGCGAUUCAUGUUCCGCCGUGAAGGACUGUUUCGACAGCAUAUGAUUGUGAAGGGUCGGAAUCGAGAUACAGCUUGGUUUUCUAUUCUUGAUACGGAGUGGAUGGUUGUGCGACGCACUCUUGAAAGAUGGCUCGAUCCAAGCAACUUUGACGAAGCAGGGAAGCAACGUCUAGCGAUCAGUAAUUUCAAAAUUCCUGAUGAGUAUUUGGAUGUCAUCGGUCAAUUAGUCGUGUGA